AUGGCACCGAAAUUGAAAUUUUCAGAAGGCGAAAAAGUAUUAUGUUUUCAUGGACCUUUAAUUUACGAAGCGAAGUGCCUCAAGAGUUCUGUAACUAAAGAUAAACACGUUCGCUAUUUAAUUCACUACGCUGGCUGGAACAAAAAUUGGGAUGAAUGGGUUCCAGAGAGUAGAGUACUUAAGUAUAAUGAAGCAAAUGUUCAAAGACAAAAGGAGGUCCAGAGAGCUCACUCGGCACAACCAGUGAAGACAAAAAAAACUAAUGCUAAGGGGCGGAAGUCUGAAACAAGCUCAGGUACAACUCCGGCCAGAGAAGAGUCCAGGGCUUCUACACCUGCAGGGAAAGAUGUGGAAAGCACUGCACCACCAGCCAAAGCUACAAAAACUCAAAGUAAAGACACACCUGGGGAUUCUGGCUCGGAUCAGCCUAAAAAGAAACGCGGCCGGCUGGACCUGUCGAUUGAGUCGGAAGAGCAGUAUCUGGCAAAGGUCGAGGUGAAGAUCAAGAUACCGGAGGAGCUAAAAGUGUGGCUGGUGGACGACUGGGAUGUGAUCACGCGCCAGCAGAAACUGGCCAUGUUGCCGGCGAAACUAACCGUCGAGCAGAUUGUAGACAACUACCUCGCAUUCAAGAAGUCGAGCAAGUCGCACAACUCCACCAAGGAGUCUGUAUUGGUAGACAUCACCGAGGGCAUCAAGGAGUAUUUUAACGCAACACUCGGCUCGCAGCUGCUGUACAAAUUCGAGAGGCCCCAGUACAGCGAGAUCUUGCAAGAGUACCCGGACACACCGAUGGCAAGGAUAUACGGCUCGAUCCACCUGCUGAGGCUGUUCGCAAAAAUGGGCCCGAUGUUGGCGUACACCGCCCUGGACGAGAAGUCGCUCCAGCACGUGCUCAGCCAUAUCCAGGACUUCUUGAAGUACAUGGUCACGAACAGAUCGACGCUGUUCAACCUGCAGGACUAUGGCAACGCGACACCCGAGUAUCACAGGAAAGUGCAG